AUGAAUCGGGUCGCACUGGUGACAGGCGGUACGCGAGGCAUCGGCGGCGCGAUUUCGCUCGCGCUGAAGAAUCACGGCUGCCAGGUGGCGGCGAACUACCACGCGAACGACGAGGCGGCCGAGCACUUCCGCGAGGUCACUGGCGUCGAUAUCUACAAGUGGGACGUGAGCGACUUCGCGGCCUGCGAGGCUGGCGUCGCGCAGAUCGAGGCGGACCUGGGCCCUAUCGAUAUCCUGGUGAACAAUGCCGGGAUCACGCGGGACGGCACGCUGCAGAAGAUGACGCCGGACAGAUGGCAGGCGGUGCUCGAUACCAACCUCGGCUCUUGCUUCAACCUCUGUCACGCCACCUUCCCCGGCAUGCGCGCGCGCAAGUUCGGGCGCGUCGUGAAUGUGGGCUCGAUCAACGGCCAGGCGGGCCAGUACGGCCAGGUCAACUACGCCGCGGCGAAGUCCGGGAUUCACGGCUUUACCAAGGCCUUGGCACAGGAGGGAGCGCGCCACGGGAUCACCGUGAACGCCGUCGCACCCGGCUAUGUCGAUACCGACAUGGUGCGCGCGGUGCCGGAGGCGGUGCUGGAGAAGAUUGUGGCGAGCAUCCCCGUCGGCCGACUGGGCCGCGCCGAGGACAUUGCGCGGGCGGUGCUAUUCCUCACCGCAAACGACGCCGAUUUCAUUACCGGAUCGACGAUCUCGGUGAACGGCGGCCACCACAUGUAUUGA